AUGUCCAAAGGUAAAGUUUGUCUAGCAUACUCCGGAGGUCUCGACACCUCAAUCAUUCUAGCCUGGCUGCUAGAUGAAGGCUACGAAGUGGUGGCUUUCAUGGCCAACGUUGGCCAGGAAGAAGAUUUUGAAGCCGCAGAGAAAAAGGCUCUGGCAAUUGGUGCCACCAAGUACAUCUGUGUUGACUGCAGAGAAGAUUUUGUCAAAGAUGUGUUGUUCCCAGCUGUCCAAGUGAACGCUGUGUACGAAGACGUGUAUUUGAUGGGCACUUCGUUGGCCAGACCGGUGAUCGCCAAGGCCCAGAUCGACGUGGCCGAACAGGAAGGCUGUUUUGCAGUGUCCCACGGUUGCACUGGUAAAGGUAACGACCAGAUCCGGUUCGAACUUGGAUUCUACGCGUUGAAGCCGGACGUGCACGUGAUCGCACCUUGGAGAGACCCAGCUUUCUUUGAGCGUUUUGCAGGCCGUAAGGAUCUGCUGGACUACGCUGCACAGAAGGGCAUUCCAGUUGCUCAAACCAAGGCUAAACCAUGGUCCACUGACGAAAACCAAGCGCACAUUUCGUACGAGGCUGGUAUUCUAGAGGACCCAGACACCACACCUCCAAAGGAUAUGUGGAAGCUCAUCACAGACCCUGAAGACGCUCCGGACAAGCCUCAGGACUUGACCAUCACAUUCGAGAAAGGUAUCCCGGUGAAGCUGGUGUAUCCUGACGCCAACGGCAAGACCGUUGAGGUGACCAAGCCAUUGGACGUGUUUUUGGCCGCAUCCAACUUGGGCCGUCUAAACGGUGUUGGUCGUAUCGAUAUCGUGGAAGACCGUUACAUUAAUCUGAAAUCGCGUGGAUGCUACGAACAGGCUCCGUUGACCAUCUUGAGACGUGCACAUGUGGACUUGGAAGGUCUCGUUUUGGACAAGGAAGUUCGUUACUUGCGUGACCAGUUCGUGACGCCAUCGUACUCGCGUCUCAUGUACAACGGAUCGUACUUCACACCUGAGUUCGACUAUAUCAAGGCUAUGAUUGCACCUUCCCAAACGUGCGUCAACGGACAAGUCCGUCUCAGACUCUACAAGGGCAACGUGAUCGUGCUGGGCAGAUCUUCUGAGACCGAAAAUCUGUACGAUGCCACCGAAUCGUCCAUGGACGAGCUCACGGGCUUUUUGCCAACCGACACAUCCGGGUUCAUCGCUAUCCAGGCCAUCAGAGUCAAGAAGUACGGCGAGUCCAAGAAGGCUAAGGGCGAAAAGCCCACUUUGUAG